AUGCGUGGUUAUAGGGCAAUGGCAAGAACAAGAACUAGUGCUGGAACUAGCGGCGGUCGUGGAAGAGGCCGUGGAAGAGGUCGAGGAACUGGACGGAGUAGAGGCCGUGGUAUUGGUCGUGGCACUGGGCCUGAAGUAGUUCAAGGUGUUGGCCGCGGUGCAGGUCGUGAAAAUGAACAAGCUGGAGGUCGAGGUAUUGGUCGUGGAGUUGGUCGUGGUGCAGGCCGCGGUGGCGGCCGAGGUAGUGGUCGUGGACGCGGUCGUGGUGAAGCUGAAAAUGAAACUACUAAUGAGCAAGCUAGAAUGCAACCAGACCCAGCCAUGAUUGCCAUGAUCACUGAAGUGGUUGAUACUAUACUCGCACAAAAUGCAGAGAAUGAAGAUGCUCAGUAUGAUGAUGCUGAAUAUGAGGACGUAGGGGAUGAUAAGGAUGAGAAGUAUCUUCGUGGGUUAAUUCCUCAGGUUAGGUCGACUAUGACUGCUGUUCACCCACUUACUCUAGAGGAGGCUAUAUUGAGGUCUGAAGCUAUGACAAGGGAGUUGGUUCAGUGUGGAACUAUUACUGCUGUUGGGACAAAAAGGAAGGAAAGCAGUGGGACGAGUAAUAAUAAGAAAGUUGGCGAUCUGAUGGGAAGAGACAAAAUAGAGGCAAGGUAUUUGCAGUGA